UUGCUGGCUAUGACUGCACAUUUCUUCAAUCUCAGGAUUGGUCAGGCAGAGUUUGAUGGAUCUGAGUUCCAAGCCAGCCAGGGGUACAAAGUGAAACUCGGUAUAAAGAAAUGGGAAGAGGAGGGUAGGAGACAGAAGAGAGAGGAGGUUGGAAGGAGAGAAGAGCUAUUUACUCUGGAAAAAUAACACAGAGCAGAAGGCACGGUAUACAGCCAACCUUAAGAUUUUCUGUGAACUUUUCUUAUUUUAAGAAAAGUCGGCAUCUCCAAGUCCAAACUUCUAAAAACAAGUCAAAUAGGUAGCAUCUAAAAGACGCCUUGACUUACAAAACGCUCCGCCAGGGGUCUUCGUUUAAUUAGCUAUCCGCUUCUUUACACUUUUCCCUAUGUGGUUCAGAAAAGAAAUCUCAGACUUCGGGGUUCUAUUUCAUAAGUAAAUAGUGGUUAUGAAAAAGUUAUGACUCAUUUAAAAAAGCCUUGGAAAAACGGAAAUGCAAAUGCAAAUGCUGUCUUAAGAAAUCAGUCGCGAUCGAAACGUUAACCAUGUUGGUUUAUUAUUUUUUUUCCUGUGUGCAGACAGCACCUUUGGCCGCGCCCUCUUCGCGGAGGUGGGUCGCUGUCAGCUGAUGUUUACGUCCGGUAGGGGUGGGUCGGGUUUUGCAGACACUCCUCUCUCUUCCGCGUCGGCUCCACCGCCCUAAACUUUCCGGGUUUAACCCUGGGAAAGGCCUGGCGCUCCUAGUUAACUUCAACCCGCCCACAUUCCGCCCCUAAACAAACUUCUCCAGGGACAGUCCCCGAGACUGGAGCCGCCCCGGCGCGCGCGCGCGCCCAGGCCCCUCGGCCGCGCGCCCGCCAGCUCGGGCGGAGACGCGCAGAGGCAAGCGCGCGGCCGCGAGCCCCGGGCGCCAUUUUGGAUUCUGUAACUGGGCCGAGGCUCGGGGCUCGCUGCUGUUGGCUGCUGUUGGCCGCUGCUCGCCGAGGGCGUCUCGGGCGGCGACGAGGAGGUGCCGGGGCGAAGGACGCAGACUGCGCGGGACAGAGAAAGGAAGCUUUCCGCCCGGGCAGCCGGAGCCGCAAAGGUGGAGCCGCGUCGGCGCCUGCCGCGGACCAGCGUCUCGGAUGCGGGCGGAGCGCGGGGGCCGCGACGGCGGGAGCGCGGAGACGGGGCCCCGGGAGGCCUCAUGUGAGAGCCGCGGGAGCCGCCGCCGCCCGCGCAGCCCGGGGUGGUGUGUGGGGGAAGCCGCCCCCGGCAGCAGGAUGAAACGAGGAGGAAGAGAUAGUGACCAGGACUCACCUGAGGAAGGCACUGCUGAGAAGCCUAAGAAACCAAGGACAACACAUGAGUGCUCGCAGCCUUGUGACUGGGGUAACCUUCUUCAGGACAUUGUCCUCCACGUUUUUAAGUAUUUGCCUCUUCUUGACCGGGCUCAUGCUUCUCAAGUGUGCCGGAAUUGGAAUCAGGUAUUUCACAUGCCUGACUUGUGGCGAUGUUUUGAAUUUGAACUGAAUCAGCCAGCUACAUCUUACUUGAAAGCUACACAUCCAGAGCUGAUCAAACAGAUUAUUAAGAGGCAUUCAAAUCAUCUGCAGUAUGUCAGCUUCAAGGUGGACAGCAGCAAAGAAUCCGCUGAAGCAGCUUGUGAUAUAUUAUCGCAGCUUGUGAAUUGCUCUUUAAAAACGCUUGGACUUAUUUCAACUGCUCGGCCAAGCUUUAUGGAUCUACCAAAGUCUCACUUUAUCUCUGCACUGACAGUUGUGUUUGUAAACUCCAAAUCCCUGUCCUCACUUAAGAUAGACGACACCCCAGUAGAUGACCCAUCCCUUAAAGUCCUAGUGGCCAACAACAGUGACACACUCAAGCUGCUGAAAAUGAGCAGCUGUCCUCAUGUCUCUCCAGCAGGGAUUCUGUGUGUGGCUGAUCAGUGUCAUGGCUUACGGGAGCUGGCCCUGAACUACCAUUUGCUCAGUGAUGAGCUGUUGCUCGCACUGUCUUCUGAAAAGCACGUUCGCUUAGAACAUUUGCGCAUUGAUGUUGUCAGUGAGAACCCGGGACAGACACACUUCCACACGAUCCAGAAGAGCAGCUGGGACGCCUUCAUCAAGCACUCACCGAAGGUCAACCUAGUGAUGUAUUUUUUCCUGUACGAAGAGGAGUUUGACCCGUUCUUCCGUUAUGAAAUCCCUGCCACUCAUCUUUACUUUGGGAGAUCAGUGAGCAAAGAUGUGCUUGGCCGCGUGGGCAUGACCUGCCCGCGACUGGUAGAACUGGUAGUGUGUGCCAAUGGCUUGCGGCCCCUUGAUGAAGAGUUGAUUCGCAUUGCAGAGCGUUGCAAAAAUCUGUCAGCUAUUGGGCUGGGGGAGUGUGAGGUCUCGUGUAGUGCCUUUGUCGAGUUUGUAAAGAUGUGUGGGGGCCGCCUGUCUCAGUUAUCCAUUAUGGAAGAAGUGUUAAUUCCUGACCAGAAGUAUAGUUUGGAACAGAUUCAUUGGGAAGUGUCCAAGCAUCUUGGCAGGGUGUGGUUUCCAGACAUGAUGCCUACGUGGUAAGGGACUGCGUGACAGGGGGCGUGGUGAGUGAGUAGCACCUUCCUUUUAAGAAAACGCAUCCUAAUAAACGUUUAUCUGCUCGAGAGCUGUAAUUCUGUUUUGUGGCAUAGAAAUUUGGCAUCGUUGGUGAGCUUCUGUAAUGAAGGGCGUUUGUCGGAAGACCUACAGUUUGGUCAGAUAACUCCUUUUUUUUUUUUUUUAUUUUAUUUUUUUUUUGCAGCCUAAUAGCAAUCAAAUGUUUAAAAAUUAAAAAUGUUGUUCUAUAUUUGAAAGUAAUAUCCAAUUAUGAAAAUUAAGUAAUUCAUAGUCUGAAGGAAACAACCUGAGUGUUGUAAUAUCUCAGAAGUGUACUAAUAGGUUUUCUGAAAUGUUCUCUAUGCAUUUUUUAAAAAAAAUGUAAACUUGACAUUUUAGGGUCUUCAGUUCUAAAUACACCUGUUAUAAGGUGUUUAAUACAGCUCAGGAAAGUGAGCAUUCUGUGAGAGACAUGUAUGACAGCGCUCAGAAGACACUGGGUGAAUGUUUUCAAACAUUAUGAAGCUGUUUUAAAAAUAAAAAUAUAAAUAUCAAAGAACUUAGAACACUGAUAAAUGUUGCCGUGGUUAUUAAGGAGGGCACACAGAGAGAGCCAGGAUCAAAUCUAGAGGACUCUGUGGAGUAGGAGAGAGCUGGCACUUAGCUUUGUAUAAACUUUAGGUCCCUGUGUAAAAUGCUAAACCACACACAUACACUCUUCUCUGUUCUGUCACUAAUGUCCGUGGUGCCUGAGGCUUUGUAUGUAAAGGAAUGCUUUACUCUCUAAGUCUUUAUUUAAACUAGUCUUAAACUAUUACACAACAAUUUAAAUGAAAAUUUUACUUAAAAACCCAACUGAAAUAAUUAAAAGUAGAACUUUAUAAAUUGUUUCAGAACAGUUUGAUGAAAGAAUAUUAGUCUCAGUGAACCGUAGUGAUGGCUCAUGCUUUCAAGUUUGGAGUGACAUAGCUACAAUAAAUACAGCUUUAAAAAUGAAAGAGUAUCUGUACAGCUCAGAAACACUAAAUUAAAAAAAUACAUUUCAUUAUAAUUCGAGUAAAUACUACUCAGUGAACUGGAACAUUUUAAUAGGAAAAUACAGUUUUGUGAUUGUCAAUUUGGUUGAAACUGGUAUUUUAUAUUUAAGUUAUGUAGCUUUUCCUAUUACUUUCAUACAAAUAAAGGUAGAUUCUAGACUCUGUAUAGUAUAAAGAUACUAAGGUUUGGGGUUCUUUGUUCUGUUUUGUUUUUUUAGGUACUGUAUGAGCUUGGGUUCUGGGCACUAGUGCUAACAGACGCCUGCUCUGAGAGAAGUUAGAAGUGGUUCACCCCAGCAGCAUGUUUCAGUGGGGCUUUUACAAAGCCUGAGGCUAUGGAAGCUAACGGUCCUAAAGACAGAUGACCUAACUGAGAACAAAACAGAGUGUGGCUUUCUACACAGCUUAAACUUCAAAAGUGAUGGCAUUCUUUCAGGCGCAUCAGUUGAGAAGGAAAAGACCGGCCCAGAGUUCCACGUCAAAGGCAACUCUGAGAACAUUUUACCCUUACUGAAGAGUAGGGAGCUCUGGCUGUACAGGAAAUACUUGUGCUAGUUGGUUAGGUUCUGGGUUGUUUUUUUAACUUUUCUGAACAACAUUGAAAAAUGGAUUUGAUGGUAUAUAGUCAGUUUUACUAACCAAAGCUUUAUUUGAAAACUUAACUUUUUGUACAAAUUGAAUUACAUGCUUGAAUACUUUAAGUCACUUUAUAAGCAAAAUGCAUAGCAUUUAAUUUGUUUAUACUGUAAAAUAUAUGUUAAAUGGUUUUAUCAAUUUGAGAAUAAAGAUAGUUACUACUGCG